CCAAUGAGGAGCACGGAUAGUGGAAGGUGGCGCCCUUGCCGCCAUAUUUGAGUUCCGGGUAGCGGAAGGGAGGAGAGUUGUCUCUGUGCUUCCUGACUGCCGGCUUCUUAGUCGGGGACGCCUGGAUGUAUCAGAAGCAGGAAAUGGAGCCAGUGACCUUUGAGGAUGUGGCUGUGAACUUUACUCUAGGAGAGUGGACUAUGUUGGAUUCCAGCCAAAAGAAGCUCUACAGAGAUGUGAUGAAGGAAACAUUUUUGAACCUGAUCUCCAUAGGGAAAACAGAAGAAGAUAUUGAAGAGGAGUACCAGAAGCCAAAGGGAAACCUGAGAACUCUGGUGGUUGAGAGACUCUGUAAAUAUGAUCAUGGUGGUCAGAAUGGAGAAACCUAUCGACAGAGUCCAGAGCAUAUUGUGAAUGAAAAAAUGUCUCCUGCAAUAACUGAGUGUGAAAGAGACAUGGUUACUUAUUUACCCUCAGAUGCACACUUCAAAGGUCAAACUGGAGAGAAACCAUGCCAGUACCAGGAACAUAUGGAGAAGGCUUUUAAAUAUAAGAAAUGUUGGAAGGAUUUCAGUUAUUCUGAGUUGCUUCGGAUGCAUAAAAGCCCUUCUAUGAGACAGAAACCCUGUGAAAACAGACAAUCUAAUGAAGCCUGUAGGAGUUUCACUUCUGAUCAUGAUUAUGAGGGAACUUACACUGAAGAGAAAUCAUAUGUUUGUAAACAAUGUGGGAAAGCAUGGAGUGAUUCCUGUAGCCUUCUCUGGCAUGAAAAAAGUCACAUUCAAGAGAAACGCCACACAUGUAAACAAUGUGGAAAAGCAUUUAGUCGUCCCUCACAGCUUCACAAACAUGAAAGAAUUCACACUGGUGAGAAACCCUAUGUAUGUACACAUUGUGGAAAAGCCUUUAUUGAUCGCAGAACCUGUUACAAUCAUGAGAGAACUCACACUGGAGUAAAACCGUAUGCUUGUAAACAAUGUGGGAAAGCCUUUCUUCGUUCCUGCCAACUUCUCAUCCAUGAAAGAAUUCAUACUGGAGAGAGACCUUUUGUAUGUAAACAUUGUGGCAAAGCUUUCACCUACUCCAGUGCUUGUUAUUAUCAUGAAAGAAUUCACACUGGAGAGAAACCCUGUGUUUGUAAGCAAUGUGGGAAAGCAUUUAAAUGUUCUGCCUACCUACACAUACAUGAAAGAUCUCACAGUGGAGAAAAACCCUAUGUAUGUAAGCAUUGUGGAAAAGCCUUUGCGUAUGCCACUGGAUGUCACAAGCACGAGAGAAUCCACUCUGGAGAGAAACCAUAUAUGUGUGUGCAGUGUGGAAAGCUAUUCAGUUUCCCCAGAUCCCUUCACAUACAUGAAAGAUCUCACAGUGGAGAAAAGCCCUAUGUAUGUAAGCAGUGUGGGAAGUCUUUCAGUCAGGGAACUUCUUUGAGAAGACAUGAACGAAUUCACACUGGAGAGAAACCAUAUGUAUGUAGGCAAUGUGGGAAAGCCUUCAUCCAACGUGAUGAUUGUUACAGUCAUGAACGAACUCACACUGGAGAGAAACCAUACAUGUGUGUCCAAUGUGGGAAGACUUUCACUUUUUCCAAAUCCCUUCAAAUACAUGAAAAAAAUCACACUGGAGAAAAACCCUAUAUAUGUAAGCAGUGUGGGAAAGCAUUUACCUGUUCCACAUACCUUCUCAGACAUGAAAGAACUCACAGUGAAAAACUCAGUGGAUACGCAGAUGACCGAAGGGUUCCGCCCUUGCUGCCAUUUUGGAGCCUGUGUAGCUUCGGGGAGAUUCGUGGCUGUUUUGCCUUGGCGACCGUCAUUUCUGCCGAUUGUGGGCUACUUGGAGAGGACACCAGGAUGCGUCACAAGCACAGAAUGGAGCCCGUGACCUUUGAGGAUGUGGCUGUGAACUUCUCCCUAGGAGAGUGGGCUUUGUUGGAUUCCAGUCAAAAGAAGCUCUACAGAGAUGUGAUGACAGAAACCUUUAUGAACCUGAUCUCCAUAGGUAAAACAAAGGGAAAGGAAAAUAUUGAAGACAACUACCAAAAUCUCAGGAAAAAUGUGAGAACUCAGGUGGUUGAAAGAAACUGUGUCUAUGGAGAUGGUCGUCAGUGUGGAGAAAUUGAGCCACAGAUUUCAGAGCAUAUUCUUCAAAGAGACAUGGCUCCUGCAAUAGAAAUAUCUGAAAACAGUGUGCUUGCAAGAGACAUCAUUGCUCAUUUACUCUCACAAGUGCACCUCAGAUGUGAAAUUACAGAUAAGCCAUAUGGGUCUCAUGAAGAAGUGGAGAAAGCUUUUACACAUGAGAAAUGUUGGAAAGAUUUGACUUACUCUGAGUCCUCUCAGACAAAUAGAAGUCCUAGAGAGACAGCCUAUCAAAAUAAGGAAUCUUCUAAUGAAGUCUGUAGGAGUCUCAAUUCUGAUCAGUGUUGUGAGAGAAUUCCCACUGGAGAUAAACUCCAUGAAUGGAAGCAAGUUGAGAAAGCCUUCUGGAGGUACAGUUAUGGUCAAAUCUAUAAGAGGAUAACCAUUGGAGAAAAGCAGUUUCUGUGUAAGCAGUAUAACGAAGCCUUGGUUAAUUCCAGUCAUCUUAUCAAACAUGAAAUAAUUCACCCUGAAGAGAAAUGUUACACAUGUAAGCAGUGUGGGAAAGCCUUCAGGUAUUCCUCAUCCCUCCAGAACCAUGAAAGGAUUCAUAGUGGGGAGCGGCCAUAUGUGUGUAAGCAAUGUGGAAAAGCCUUCAUCCGUUCCUAUGACCUUCUCAUCCAUGAAAGAAUUCACAGUGGAGAAAAACCUUAUACUUGUGAGCAUUGUGGAAAAUCUUUCACCCAUUAUAGCGGCUGGUACAGUCAUGAAAGGAUUCACACUAGAGAGAAACCCUAUGUUUGCGCACAGUGUGGGAAAGCAUUUUCAUGUUCUACAUCCUUCCGGAGGCAUGAAAGAAUUCACACUGGUGAGAAACCUUACCUAUGUAAGCAUUGUGGAAAAGCCUUCACCCAUUCCAGUGCUCGUUACAUUCAUGAGAGAAUUCACACUGGAGAGAAACCCUAUGUUUGCAAGCACUGUGGAAAAGCAUUUCUUCGUGCCAGUCAUCUUAACAACCAUGAAAGAAUUCACACUGGAGAGAAACCCUAUGUUUGUAAGCAUUGUGGGAAAGCCUUCAUCCAACGUGAUGCUUGUUAUAAUCAUGAAAGAAUUCACACUGGAGAGAAACCAUAUGUAUGUAAGGAAUGUGGGAAAGCAUUUAGGAUUUCCACAUCCCUUCGUGACCAUGAAAGAAUUCAUACUGGAGAAAAGCCUUAUAUAUGUAAUUAUUGUGGGAAAGCAUUUAGGGUUUCCACCUGCCUUCACAAACAUGAAAGAGCUCACAUAGAAAAGAAACCCAGUGGGUAGAACUCUGUACAUCAUGUGGAAUUGUCUUUGGUCAACUUGUUAUUGUGGGGUAUGAAAGAAAAUCGUCUGGAGGGCCAGUGAGAUGACUCAGAAGUAAAAGUGCUUAUCAACAAGCUUGAUAGACUGAGUUGGAUCCUCAGAAUCCAUUUGAAGAGGGAGUCCUGAGUCCCCAAGUUUUUGGAUUUGCACACAUGCCAUCAUUUGCAUUCACAAUCUCCUAC